UUGUAUUCAAAUAACCUGCCUUAUUUAGUUUUAUUAGCCAAAAUAUCCGUUUUAUUUGCGGCAAAUUAAAUGACUAUUUUGGCUAAUAGAACUAAAUUAACCAUAUCUGAAAUAAAACAAAAACGAUCCACUUCAACGUUGCCUGGCUAGAAAAACGAAACAGUCUAAACAGAACUUUCGCGACACAACAUCGUCGUCGUCCGUCACACGGAGUAAUCCAAUUAAAGUCUUUUUCAGCGCCUCAACAUGGGUCAACACAACGCGGACGAACUUCAAGCGCCAAGCUGGUUGAACAGCCAAUUUCUUCUGGAGGUCAUCCGGAAGGCACAAAACGAUCCAUCGCUAACACUCUGCCAUGGGUGCAAACUGCGUCCGGGAACCAAUGCAGGUGACCACUAUGCCAGCAUCAUGUUCCGCACCACGGUCCAUUAUCGGUCAACUCGAUAUCACAAAGAGCAGGCCAUCAGCCUGAUUAUGAAACUUACUACCCAAGCUGAGGGUUUCAAGAAAGAGCUGCUCGAUGGAAAUGGCCUGUUCGAAACCGAAACCAAAAUGUACAGUGAGGUGCUUCCUGCCAUGUCCAAGGCUUUGGCUGAAGUCGGUGAGCAUUUGGAGGUUCCCAGAUUAAUCUACGCCUCGAGUAAACCUCAUACUAUAAUCAUCCUCGAAGACGUAUCGCUGAAGGGUUGGCUUACUGGCCGGGAACUCAUCACCAGCUACGAAGAAGCCCUGCCCACAAUCAGAAAUGUGGCAAAAUUCCAUGCCGCAUCCUACUUUCUGAACCAAUCGAUGAAUGAUUUGUCGAAGAACCGCAUCGAAAUGUUCAUGAAAGCCGACGGUGGAGCAUUCGCUGUAUUCUAUAAGGGAUUCGAUGCUUUCUGCGAUGCCGUCCAGACAUGGCCGGGAUGCGAAAAAUUUGCCGCCAAGUUCAAAAAUCUCAAAGGUGCAACGCAAAAGAAGAUUCAACAGGUGUAUACGGCGAACGCUAAAGAUGUAGGGUACAAUGUCCUCAAUCACGCUGAUUUGCACUGGAAAAACUUGUUGCACAAGAAAUCAGUGAAUGGGCGUAUUAAGGACUCUAUGCUGAUCGAUUACCAAUGCUGUCACUGGGGAUCGCCAGCCAUCGACUUAAUAAGUCUGGUGAAUAUGGUCGUGAAUCAUGACAUCAAGCAGAACUGUCGUCAGGAAAUCAUCUACGAGUACUACCAACACUUCGUUCAGAUUCUGGACAAGCUCGGUUUCCUGGGAAGUGUUCCAACGUUGACUGAUUUGCACAUGGAAAUGCUUCGGAAAGGAUUUUUAGAGGUAUUCCACGUGGUCGUGUUCGAACAGUUCAAGCACGUGCAGUUGACCGAAACGACGUUUGAUGAUUUGAACGCAGGCCGUGGGGAAAAUCCGGGUUUCGGCAAGGAGCCAUACAUGGACGUAGUUCGAAAGGAGAUGCCAACGUUGAUGUACAAGGGAUUGUUAGAUUAAUUUAAAAAAAAUAAAGUAAACAAGUAAUU